GACUGUAGUCUCACAACUUUUGAUUUCUGAUAAUGUUCAAGAGGACGCGUGGCCUCUUCGUCACCCCGCUUGGCUUUUUAUUCUCCGUUUGAAAUAACGGUUGGUGCUUUUAUUCUGAAAGGCGUGCGAACGUCGUGCCAGGGCGAGUUCCGCUCUGAUCAGCUGAUGUCAGUGUAAACAGAAAACAGAGUGUAUGUAUGUGUGUGUGUGUGUGUGUGUGUGUGUGUCCGUGUGUGUGUGAGAGAGAGAGACCGUGUGGGUGAAACUGAGGCAGCCGUAUUUCGCCAUCACUCAGCUAACGUCCGUUGUAGACGAUAAAUGCGGGAUGUGCGGUGUGUGCGUGACGGUGUGAUGUGUCGGGGGACAGUGGCCGCGCGCUGUGUGCUGCAGUAGCGAAGUUCGGCUCAGAGGGGCUUAAAACAUCACAUGCAGCCCCACAGAGGGCCCGCGUGAGACGGAGCAGCUGGAUCUGACUUCACGGGACCGGACCGGUUCGAGCAGGGUCCAUGGAGGAGCUGGAGCCGGAGGAGCAGUUCCUGCAGUAUGCCAGGAAUGGAGAUCUGCCAGGGAUUCAGAGGCUCCUCAUGUCCAAGAUAAGGGAGGAGACGCAGAUCAACAUAAACUGCAAAGGUAAGAAGAAGUCUAACCUGGGAUGGACGCCUCUUCACUUGGCCUGUUACUUUGGACACAAAGAUGUAGUGGAGGAACUGCUGAAGGCCGGGGCCGACGUCAACCUGCCCAAUAAUAUCGGAGACACACCGCUGCACAAAGCCGCCUUCACAGGAAGAAAGGAGGUUGUCAUGCUGCUGCUGCACUAUGAUGCAUGUGCUACUGUCAUCAAUGGGACAGCACAGAUUCCCAAAGAUGUCACUCAAAACCCAGAGAUCAGAAGCAUGCUGGAAGCGGCCGAGAGAACAGAGGAGAGGAAACUGGAGGAGGAACUUCUGGAAGCUGCACGAGAAGGAAACCUUUCAACUCUCACUCAGCUGCUCAGCAGGAAAAAACCUCCAGACAUCAACUGCACAGAUCUGCUGGGAAACACUCCGCUGCACUCUGCAGCCUAUCGGGGCCAGAAGCAGUGUGCCCUGAAGCUGCUCAGGAGCGGAGCCAGCCCCGACAUCAAAAACAAGAAUGGCCAGACAGUUUUUGACCUUGCGAGCGAUGCAGCAAUAAAGCAGGUCCUUGAAGGCAACGUUCAUCGAGGUAUGACCCGCCAUGUCAAGAAGUACGAGGGACUUCUCUUUAAGAGUUCACGAUUCUUCGGCUGGCGCUCCUACUGGGUCGUCCUUCAAGACGGGGUUUUAUCCUGGUACCCGAAACAGUCGGACGCGGCAGCUAAUGUCAGGAGACAAGGCUGUAAGUCGCUCACAGGCGCUCACUGUCUGAUUCGAGCCAAAGACAACUGCUUUUUUACCCUCAAGUGCUUCGAUGACAGCGUGCAUCACUUCAAAGUGUCGCCUAAAAACGACCCGGAGGCGACGAGAAAGGCCUGGCUGGACUCUCUGGAAGAGCACUCGGCCUUCAGCACACACUACUGCUCCCAAGAGCAGGGCAGCGAGGAGGAGGAGGACGAGGAAGUGAUGUCACUCGGGCAGCUCACAGACUCGCUACAGGCAGCCGAGGCCAGCCACAAGAAACUGGAAGAGGAGGUGGCAGCUUUCGUGGCCAUGCUGAAAAACGACGGGCUGGCAGAAAGGUUUCCAUCUGCAGUGCUGCAGAAAAUGCAAGAAAUCCACGAGCUGUCCAGCGAGACCAGUUCCAGCCUGAGCGUCUGUCUCGGCUUCUUCUCCAGGCAGGAAGGGGUGCGCAGUGUGAAAUUGGAGCAGGAAGUGGAGAAGAAUAAGAUCCUCUCCGAAGCGCUGCAGACUCUCGCCACGGAGCACCACGAACUUGAGCAAUCCGUCGUCAAGGGAUCGUCGCCGCGCAGCGCCCUCAGCGAGGAUGAGUUCCACGACGCCGUGUCUGAAUCGGACUCUGAGCUCUCCCUGAGUGGCUUCGAGACGGUGGCCAGCCGUUCCUUUGACGAGGACGAGGAGGAGGACGAAGGCUCUGUCAUGUUGAGCAGCCCUUGCAGCAGCCCCACCAGCAUGUUGCAGGAGGAUCACCAUGGAGACAAGGACGGGGCUCAACCCAACGGGAUCACAAAGCACAGAACCAGUUUACCUGCACCGAUGUUUUCAAGAAAUGACUUCAGUAUUUGGAGUAUCCUGAGGAACUGCAUUGGAAUGGAGCUCUCCAAAAUAACAAUGCCGGUGAUUUUCAACGAGCCGCUCAGCUUUCUGCAGCGCCUGACAGAGUACAUGGAACACACUUAUCUCAUCCACCGGGCCAACACCUCCUCAGACUCCAUUGAGAGGAUGAAGUGUGUGGCUGCGUUUGCGGUGUCGGCUGUGGCCUCCCAGUGGGAGCGGACGGGGAAACCCUUCAACCCUCUGCUGGGAGAAACCUAUGAACUGGUCAGAGACGACCUGGGCUUCCGGCUCAUAUCGGAGCAGGUGAGCCACCACCCUCCGGUCAGCGCGUUCCACGCUGAAGGCCUGGAACAAGACUUUGUGUUUCAUGGGUCCAUCUACCCCAAGCUCAAGUUCUGGGGCAAGAGUGUGGAAGCCGACCCGAAAGGCAUCAUCACGCUGGAGCUGCCCAAGCACAAUGAAGCCUACACAUGGACAAACCCUACGUGUUGUGUUCACAACAUCAUCGUGGGCCAGCUGUGGAUCGAGCAGUAUGGAAAUGUGGAGGUGAUCAACCACAAAACUGGUGAAAGGUGCUGCCUGAAUUUCAAACCGUGUGGCCUUUUUGGCAAAGAACUGCACAAGGUCGAAGGGUAUAUUCUGGAUAAAAGCAAAAAGAAGCUGUGUGCUCUCUACGGGAAGUGGACGGAGUGCCUGUAUGUCGUUGACCCCGCUGGAUUCGAGGCACAUAAGAAGAACGACAAGAGGGGGGCGGAAGAGAAGAAAGGCAAUAAGGCGGCGAGCAGUGAGGCUCAGGAGGAGGUUGCCUCUCCGGCAGCAGACACGGUGGAGGUGAUCCCUGGCAGCCAGCUGCUGUGGAGGAUCGCACCCAGACCGGCCAACUCUACCCAGAUGUACAGCUUCACCAACUUCGCGAUGCAACUGAACGAGAUGCGCGGGGACAUGGAGGGAGUCAUUCCUCAGACCGACUGCAGGCGGAGACCCGAUAUUCGAGCCAUGGAGAACGGUGACAUUGACCUUGCCAGUGAGGAGAAGAAAAGGCUUGAGGAGAAGCAGAGAGCUGCUCGCAAAAACCGCUCCAAAUCUGACGAAGAGUGGAAGACGAGGAGUCCUGCCCUGGGUCCAAGGUGGUUUCAGCAGGGCCAAAAUCCACACACCAGCGCCCAGGACUGGCUGUUUUGCGGUGGGUACUGGGACAGGAAGUACAGCCAGCUGCCAGACAUUUACUAAAGGACAUUUCCCGCACCUGUAGGGAAUUCUGCACCGCACAAUGUCCUCACUACGGAGCAGCAUUGACUGUUUGUUUCUGUUUUUGUUUUUUGUUUUUUUAUAAAAUGGAAUUGCUACAAUACAUUAUGCAAACACUGUACUUAAACUGCGUGGCCUUAAUCAACUUUAUGAUCGUAAAACUGUGCGUAAAAAAUGUCAAUAAUCCACAUUUAAAUGUUCUGAAAUGUAAAGAUGUCUGUCGAGGAGCCGUUGUAUUCACACUGAGACGGGAUUGUUUCUGCUCACGUUGGACGUUUAGCACAGCGGGGAGCUGCUGAUGCACAAGGGGUUCAUGAUUUUAGUGUCCGGUCUUCUUUUAAAUGUUCAUAAUAAUGUUUUGAUCCUGGCUGUAUAUCUGUAUAUAUAUAUACACUUUAGAAAAACUCCAACCUUCAGUGACCUCAUCAUGUCAUUCGCAUUUCCUCUGGACUCCAAACUCAACAAAAAACCACUCGCAGUCAGAUAAUACGAGGUUCAUGUGAUUAUUAUUUCUCCUGAUGUUUUCUGCCUUGUAAAAUAAUGAGACUUCAUAAGAAAUCAGACUGUGUAUUUUCUAUCUUAAUAUCACACUUACACUAUAAGCAUUCUCUGUUCCUGUUUUCCUUGUGUUGUUCGCUGGUUUGUCUGCCGUGUUCAGUAUUUCAUAGAGCAAACGCGACAAUUGAUCUUUGUGAAGGGGUUGAUGAAUAUUUUUGCUGAAAAUCUAAAAUGUGUGUAUCAUACAACCUGUAGCACAGACUGGACGAAGCUGAGAGAAGAUUAGAAGGUCAUGAUGUAAAAAAAAAACAAAAAACAUUUUGCCUCAAUAUAGACUGUUAAAUAUUUUAUUGGAAAUCAAAAUAAAGCACUUCAGUGUA